AUGGUUGAUAAAAAAAAUUUAUCUAGUCACUUUUUAGGUGGCAAUUCUCUUGAGACUGCUUCUCCAGGCCCAGUAAAAGAUUUUGUUGAAGCACAUGAAGGUCAUACUGUGAUUUCAAAGGUUUUGAUCGCUAAUAACGGUAUGGCUGCUAUGAAGGAAAUUCGUUCAGUAAGAAAAUGGGCUUAUGAAACCUUUGGGAAUGAAAGAGCAAUUGAAUUCACCGUCAUGGCAACACCCGAAGAUUUAAAAGCGAAUGCAGAAUAUAUUCGUAUGGCUGAUAACUAUGUUGAAGUCCCCGGUGGAACAAACAACAAUAAUUAUGCUAAUGUUGAAUUAAUUGUUGAUGUUGCUGAAAGAACUGGUGUUCAUGCCGUUUGGGCUGGUUGGGGCCAUGCUUCUGAAAAUCCACGAUUACCUGAAAUGCUUGCCAAAUCAAAGAAUAAAUGUGUAUUUAUUGGCCCUCCUGCUUCAGCAAUGAGAUCAUUAGGUGACAAAAUUUCAUCCACAAUUGUAGCACAGAGUGCUCAAGUACCUACUAUGGGGUGGAGCGGUGAUGGUAUUACAGAAACAGAGAUGGAUGCAUCCGGUCACGUAAUUGUCCCCGAUCAUAUCUACCAGAAAGCUUGUGUUAAAACAGCAGAGGAAGGGCUUAAAGCUGCUGAAAAGAUCGGUUUCCCUGUGAUGAUUAAAGCAUCUGAAGGUGGUGGUGGUAAAGGUAUUCGUAUGGUUAAAGACAAUAGCAAUUUCACCCAAUUAUUCUCUCAAGUACAAGGUGAAAUCCCGGGUUCUCCUGUCUUUAUCAUGAAGUUGGCUGGUAAUGCUCGUCAUUUAGAGGUUCAACUCUUAGCAGAUCAGUAUGGUAAUGCCAUCAGUUUAUUUGGUCGUGAUUGUUCAGUUCAACGUCGUCAUCAAAAGAUCAUUGAGGAAGCUCCAGUUACGAUUGCUAAACAAGAUGUAUUUGAACAAAUGGAAAAGGCUGCAGUUAGAUUAGGUAAAUUAGUAGGUUAUGUCUCGGCUGGUACUGUUGAAUACCUUUAUAGUCAUCAGGAUGAUAAGUUUUAUUUCUUGGAACUUAAUCCUAGACUUCAAGUUGAGCAUCCUACGACAGAAAUGGUUUCAGGUGUAAACUUACCUGCUGCUCAACUUCAAAUUGCAAUGGGUAUCCCCCUUUCUCGUAUCCGUGAUAUUCGUGUUCUUUAUGGUGUUCAAGCUAAUGGUACCUCAGAAAUUGAUUUUAACUUUGAAGAUCCUAAUUCUCUUACCAGUCAUCGUCGUCCUACUCCUAAGGGUCAUGUUAUUGCCGUUCGUAUCACGGCUGAAAACCCUGAUGCUGGCUUUAAACCCUCUUCUGGUAUCAUGCAUGAACUUAACUUUAGAUCAAGUACCAAUGUCUGGGGUUAUUUCUCUGUUGUCUCCGCUGGUGGUUUACAUGAAUAUGCUGAUUCUCAAUUUGGUCAUAUCUUUGCUUAUGGUGAAAACCGUCAACAAGCUCGCAAAAAUAUGGUUAUCGCUCUUAAAGAACUUUCAAUUCGUGGUGAUUUCAGAACAACUGUUGAAUACAUCAUUCGUUUGCUCGAAACACCUGACUUUGAACAAAACACGAUUAACACAGGUUGGUUGGAUAUGUUGAUCUCCAAAAAACUAACCGCAGAACGCCCUGAUACGAUGUUGGCCAUUUUCUGUGGUGCCGCCACCAAGGCUCAUAAGGCCUCAUCAACUUGUUUCCAACAAUACAAACAAUCUCUUGAGAAAGGUCAGGUCCCUAACAAGGGUGCUCUCAAAACUGUCUUUUCUGUCGAAUUCAUUUAUGAAGAAGUUCGUUAUAAUUUUACCGUUGCUCGUUCCGCACCUAAUAUUUAUACACUCUACUUGAAUGGAUCCAAGACUCAAGUAGGUGUUCGUGAUUUGUCAGAUGGUGGUCUUUUAAUUUCAAUUGAUGGUAGAUCGCAUACUACUUAUUCCCGUGAAGAAGUGCAAGCUACUCGCCUCAUGAUUGAUGGUAAAACUUGUCUUCUCGAAAAGGAGAGUGAUCCUACUCAACUAAGAAGUCCUUCCCCUGGUAAGCUUGUUAACUUGCUUGUUGAAAAUGGCGAUCAUAUAAAGGCGGGUGACGCUUAUGCCGAGAUUGAGGUUAUGAAAAUGUAUAUGCCUUUACUUGCAGCUGAGGAUGGUCAUGUUCAAUUCAUUAAGCAAGCUGGUGCUACUCUUGAAGCAGGUGACAUUAUAGGUAUCUUAUCACUCGACGAUCCUAGUCGUGUUAAACAUGCUAUUCCUUUCAAUGGCGUUGUUCCCACCUUUGGCGAACCUCAUAUCACUGGUGAUAAACCUAUCCAGCGUUUUAAUGCUGCCAAAUCUACACUUGAAUAUAUUCUUCAAGGUUAUGAUAAUCAAGCUCUUGCUCAAACUGUUGUCAAGGAUUUAGCUGAUAUUUUGACUAAUCCUAAUUUGCCUUAUUCUGAAUUGAAAUCUGUCAUGUCUGCUUUAUCAGGUCGCAUUCCUGGUCGUUUGGAGACAUCCAUUCACAAAUUAACUGAUGAAUCUAUCGCUGCUAAUCUUGAUUUCCCUGCUCAAAAAUUCGAAAAAUUAAUUGAAGAUUUUGCUCGUGAUAACUUGGUUCUCCAAUCAGAAGUAGCAGCCUUCCGAAAUUCAAUUACUCCCUUAAUCAUUGUCUUUGAGCGUUUCAAGAACGGACUUAAAGAACAUGCCUAUAAUGUUUAUGCAAAAUUGAUUGAACAAUAUUAUGAUGUUGAAAUCCUUUUUAAUCAACAGCGUGAGGAAGAAGUUAUCUUGUCUCUCAGGGAUCAACAUAAAGAUGAUUUGGACAAAGUGUUGGCUGUAGUCUUGUCUCAUUCUAAGGUGAACAUUAAGAAUAAUGUUGUUCUCAUGUUGCUUGACUUGAUUAGUUCUUCAUCAAGUGGGAAUGCUCUUGAUAAAUUCUUUGCACCUAUCUUGAAACGUUUGUCUGAAAUCGAUAGUCGUGCUACUCAAAAAGUUGCACUAAAGGCACGUGAGCUUUUGAUCACUUGUCAAUUACCUUCCUAUGAGGAGCGUCAAGCACAAAUGUAUCAAAUCUUGAAGAGUUCCGUCACCGAAUCUGUCUAUGGUGGUGAUGUUGAAUAUCGUACACCUAGCUAUGAUGCAUUUAAGGACCUCAUCGAUACAAAGUUCAAUGUUUUUGAUGUCUUGCCUCAUUUCUUUUAUCAUACUGAUCCCUAUAUUGCUUUAGCUGCCAUUGAAGUUUACUGUCGUCGUUCUUAUCAUGCUUAUAAGAUUUUAGAUGUUGCCUAUAAUCUUGAACAUAAACCCUAUAUUCUUGCGUGGAAAUUUUUGCUUCAAACAGCGGCCAGUAGUAUUGAUUCAAACAAGCGUAUCGCUUCUUAUUCUGACCUUACUUUCUUACUUAAUAAGACAGAAAAGGAACCUAUUCGUACAGGUGCCAUGACUGCUUGUAAUUCUCUUGAAGAUCUUCAGGCUGAGCUCCCUCGUAUCUUGACCGCCUUUGAAGAAGAACCUCUUCCUCCUAGUUUACAACGUAACCAUGAUGAGCCCAAGGAACAUCGUAUGGAAAACAUUCUGAAUAUUGCUCUUCGUGCUAAUGAUGUAAUCGACAGUACAGCCUUUAGAAUGCAAAUGUCAGAAAUAAUUAGUUCUAAUACGGAAGCCUUCCGACGUGCUCAUCUUCGUCGUAUCACAGUUGUCGUAUGCCGUGAUAAUCAAUGGCCAGAUUAUUACACGUUCCGUGAACGUGAAGAUUAUAAGGAAGAUGAGACAAUCCGACAUAUUGAACCUGCAAUGGCGUAUCAACUUGAAUUAGCACGUCUUUCGAAUUUUGAUAUUAAGCCCUGUUUCAUUGAAAAUCGACAAAUGCAUGUUUAUUAUGCAGUUGCUAAAGAAAAUCCCUCGGAUUGUCGUUUCUUCAUUCGCGCCUUGGUUCGUCCUGGUCGUGUCAAGAGUUCGAUGCGUACCGCCGAUUACUUGAUCUCUGAAAGUGACCGUCUCUUGACCGAUAUCCUGGAUACACUUGAGAUUGUGAGUCAUGAAUACAAGAACUCGGACUGUAAUCAUUUGUUUAUCAAUUUUAUUCCUACUUUCGCAAUUGAGGCUAAUGAUGUGGAGCAUGCCCUGAAAGAUUUCGUGGAUCGUCAUGGUAAACGUCUUUGGAAGCUUCGUGUGACAGGAGCAGAGAUUCGAUUCAAUAUUCAAUCCAAGAGACCUGAUGCUCCGAUUAUCCCUAUGCGUUUCACAGUAGACAAUGUAUCUGGAUUUAUCUUGAAGGUUGAAGUCUAUCAGGAAAUCAAGACAGAGAAGAAUGGAUGGGUUCUCAAGUCAGUCAAUAAGAUCCCUGGCGCUAUGCAUAUGCAACCUUUAUCUACACCUUAUCCUACAAAGGAAUGGCUUCAACCUCGUCGUUACAAGGCUCAUUUGAUGGGUACCACCUAUGUCUAUGAUUUCCCUGAACUCUUCCGUCAAACCAUUUAUAACCAAUGGGCACAAGCCAUCAAGCGUAACCCUAUGCUGAAACAACCUAACGAUCAUCUUGUUGAAGCAAAGGAAUUAGUUCUUGAUGAAGAUGGUGUCCUUCAAGAAAUCGAUCGUGCCCCCGGCACGAAUACAGUUGGCAUGGUUGCCUGGAUUAUGACUCUUCGUACCCCUGAGUAUCCUAGUGGACGUCGGGUGAUUGCGAUUGCUAAUGAUAUUACCUUCAAGAUUGGUUCCUUCGGUGUUGCUGAAGAUCAAGUCUUUUACAAAGCUUCUGAACUUGCAAGAGCUCUUGGUAUCCCUCGUAUUUAUUUAUCUGCCAAUUCUGGUGCACGUAUUGGUCUUGCUGAAGAACUUAUUAGUCAAUUCAAGGUAGCAUGGAAGGAGGCCUCAAAUCCUAGUGCUGGUUACAAAUAUCUUUAUUUGACACCUUCUGAUUACGAUUCACUUGUUCAACAAGGAGAUACCAAGAGCGUCUUGGUUAAAGAGAUUCAAGAUGAAGGUGAGAGACGUCUAAAGAUUACCGACAUCAUUGGCCAUACGGAUGGUCUUGGUGUUGAGAACUUGAAGGGGUCAGGUCUUAUUGCUGGUGCUACCUCACGUGCUUAUGAUGAUAUCUUUACCAUUACUCUCGUAACCUGUCGGUCUGUAGGUAUUGGUGCUUAUCUUGUUCGUCUUGGUCAACGUACUAUUCAAAAUGAAGGACAGCCGAUUAUCUUAACUGGUGCCCCUGCCUUAAAUAAAGUAUUAGGCCGUGAGGUUUACACCUCUAAUUUACAAUUGGGUGGCACUCAAAUCAUGUACAAAAAUGGUGUCUCUCAUCUCACAGCAGAGGAUGACCUUGAAGGUGUCGGAAAGAUUGUUCAAUGGCUUUCAUUUGUUCCUCAUGUUCGUAAUGCGCCAGUUACGAUGCGUAUGGAUGUUGACCCUGUUGAUCGUGAUAUUGAAUAUACUCCACCCAAGGGACCAUCUGAUCCUCGCUUCUUUUUGGCUGGUAAGAAUGAAAAUGGUAAAUAUUUAAGUGGCUUCUUUGAUCAAGGUUCCUUUGUUGAAACCUUGAGUGGAUGGGCUCGUACAGUUGUUGUUGGUCGUGCACGUUUAGGAGGUAUACCGAUGGGUGUUGUCUCUGUAGAAACGAGAACUGUUGAAAACAUUGUUCCCGCCGAUCCUGCUAACUCAGAUUCUACUGAACAGGUCUUUAUGGAAGCAGGUGGUGUUUGGUUCCCCAAUUCAGCUUACAAGACUGCACAGGCUAUCAAUGAUUUCAAUAAGGGUGAGCAAUUACCACUGAUGAUUUUCGCCAACUGGCGUGGUUUCUCGGGUGGACAGCGUGAUAUGUAUAAUGAAGUUUUGAAAUAUGGUGCGCAGAUUGUGGAUGCCCUUAGCAAUUAUAAACAACCCGUCUUUGUUUAUAUUAUUCCUAAUGGUGAGCUUCGUGGUGGCGCAUGGGUUGUUGUGGAUCCUACUAUUAAUAAGGAUAUGAUGGAAAUGUAUGCAGAUGUAAAUGCUCGUGGUGGUGUCUUGGAACCUGAAGGUAUUGUUGAGAUCAAAUACCGUAAGCCUGCUUUACUUGCAACCAUGGCUCGACUUGAUACAACCUAUGGAUCAUUAAAGAAGCAAUUAUCAGAGGAAGGUAAGAGUGAAGAAGAGAAGGCUUCGAUCAAGACAAAACUUGAAGCUCGCGAACAAGAGCUUUUGCCAGUAUACCAACAGAUCUCUAUUCAAUUUGCUGAUCUACAUGAUCGUUCAGGUCGUAUGAUGGCUAAGGGAGUGAUUCGAAAGGCCCUUGAUUGGCGUCGUGCUCGUCAUUACUUUUACUGGCGUGUUCGUCGUCGUCUUUGUGAAGAAUAUACAUUCCGUAAGAUUGUCACUGCCACUAAAGGCUCAAUGGCUCGUGAAGAUAUGUAUAACCUCGUUCAAAAAUGGUUUAUGAAUGAUAACGAAUCAGUUGAUUUCCAAGAAGCCGAUGAACUUGUUUCUGAAUGGUUUGAAAAGCGUACUAGUGUUAUUGACCAGCGUAUUCAAAAAUUAAAGACUGACGCUACAAAGACACAAAUUGUAACUCUUGGUGUUACAGAUCAAGAGGCUGUUGUAGAAGGAUUCAGUGAAUUAUUAGAGAAGUUGAGCGAAGAUGCUCGAUCCGAAAUUUUGCGUAAACUUAAUUCUAGAUUUUAA